CGCAACAUCCACAUCCGGGCAGAAAACCUCUCGGUCUGUUUAUAUUUUGGGUUUUAGUUUUGAAUGAAGCCAAGUCGGCACAAAAAUUGAAAACCACGAGACGUUUAGGUUCUCAUUGAACGACCAACACAACAAUAAAAUUUUAAACUUAAUACACCAGCUGGCCCCGCCGCUGCCUGUCACCAUGCCCGCCCUGCUGGAGAGACCCAAGCUGUCCAACGCGAUGGCCAGAGCCCUCCACAAGCACAUCAUGAGGGAGAGGGAGCGCAAGAGACAAGAGGAGGAAGAGGUGGACAAAAUGAUGGAGCAGAAGAUGAAAGAGGAGGAAGAGAGGAAGCGGACAAAAGAAAUAGAGGAGAGGAUGUCUUUGGAGGAAACCAAAGAACAGGUAAUGAAAAUGGGGGAGAAACUUCAGGGACUCCAAGAAGAGAAACAUCAGCUUUUCUUACAACUCAAGAAGGUACUUCAUGAAGAGGAGAAGAGGCGCAGAAAGGAGCAGAGUUGCAUUUUUGUUCUUUCUAGUGAUAUCACAACAUUGACAUCAGCCAGCUACCAACCCAGCCUGCCCAUGCACGCAGGGCAGCACCUCCUCAGCAUUCAAGGCAGUCCAGUCAGCCACAGUCGACCUGGUGCUCUACUUGGAGAACGUAGUAAACAGCUGUUCCCAGCGUCUGUGAUUCCAGCACGUCACUAUCAAACUCCCGGGUUCAGCUCGGGCUCAGCGGAGCACGGGCAGUUCAGCGGUGGCCAGGGGGUCCAUGAGUCGUAUGGGGUGGCUCAGGCCCAGCAUCCCUCCACCUACGCCCCCGGACCAUCAGUCCCUGUCAGUUUCGCAAGCAGUUCUCAGAUCAGAGGUGCGUCUGCAUUUCAGGCCAUGCAGUACCUCCCCCACCAGCAGCCUGGCUACCCCGUCCACAGUCACUUCACCUCCCAGCCUGGAUACAUUCCCGGAGCAGGUAUACCCCUCCAGAAGCAGCUGGAACAUGCCAACCAACAGUCCGGCUUUACAGACGCAGGUGCGUUGAGGCCUAUGCAUCCACCAUCCAUGCAUCCUACUGCUCCGGGACUGCUGCCCACACCAUCCAUGGCAGUCCAGAUUUCCACUGCAAAGGCCCCGUUUCAGACCUCUCCCCAGGGUGCUCCUCGCCACGGCUUCCUCCCCCACAGCCAGAGCGGUCAGAGGUUCUACCACCAUGGCAAGUAACUCGCCUUCAUCGUCACCGAGCUUCACUCAAGAAUCUGGACGACCUUGUGGACGAGUAAUGGACCUCUACAAACAAAGUCAUUUGGCUGGAUUAUGCCUUUUGGUUUGUGUUUUAUUUCAUGUACAGUAUCUUUUUUUGGGCUUUGUUAAUAACUAUCAGUCCUCAUGCUUAUGUGCUUCUGAAAACAUCCAAUUUGGAUUUUUACAUAACUUCAAAUGAAGUUAAUUUGUAAAAUUGAUUAUUUUCACAGAAGCAAAAAUUAAAGAAAUACCAGGUGCUCCCAGAUGUGAAUACAAGGUGGUCUUAAGUAAAAAAAGGUAAAGUGUAGACAAAGGGAAGAUUCAGGACUUACUUGAGGCAUGCUCGUACUGAGCCAGGGAUGAAGUUAAAAUGCCCUUUUUUUGCCUUUUGGACUCCUCUUUGCAGCUGUGCCCUGAAGAAAACCCCUGUUGUUCUUUUAACUUUAAUGUGCCCUAAACUAAAAACGGAAUUUAACUUUCAUCAUUGGCUGCAAGUUUGCCUGAAGUAAGCCCAGAAGUUUCCUUUUGUUUUACAGAUUCUUUUUUUACCUACGCUGUAAAGACGUGUAGGAGGAGGAUGUGCGCUAAAAUGUCAAUAUCUUUUAUGAAGCAGAACUUAUUAUUAGUUUACUACCAUUCAUAAUUACAACAUCAGUAGAGGAGUUCAGUGUCUCUGCUCACUAAAAAGUUAAAAAAAAAACACAGAAUAGAGGAAAAAUAUUCAGCAAUACUUGGUAGUUGAAUUUACGGUUUGUAGAUAAAGUCUACAUGUUUUCCCCUAACGUAACACGCACACUGAUGAACACUACUAUUACUGAAACGCAUUGACUUAAACGUAGGAGUCCAUUACACUGUGUUGCUGACUUCUAGUUGAUCACAAUGGACCCAUUAGGAUUGGUUACCACAAAUGAAAUCAAGAUGACCAUUUUUCUUCCAAAAAUGAUGGAGGAUUUCCUGUUUUGUUUUUUUUACGUUGUCCUAUUCUACAGAAGAGAUAAGAUAAUCCUUUAUUAGUCCCGCAGCGGGGAAAUUUACAAAAAUGUGGGAAACGAAAUAAAUAUAACAAAUGAAGUCUGAGUCUCUGCUGUUUUUAAAGCUUUUAUGUUGCUAAAUAAAAUAAGCAAAUGCCAAGCCCAA